CUUCCUAAAGUUUUUUAUCACUGCGCUCACGCCCUCAACUUUUCGCUAACUGAAAAAAUCUCCUUGUUUAGCACACCAACACUCUCUGUCUAUUGCCCAAAACUCUCUUUCUAAAACGCCACAUUACCUUCGUCCCUUGAUACUAUCAUAAUCACAUUUGUGAUCAAGAUUUUUGUUGUGGGAUUAUAGAAAAUGCUGAUGACUCUCGCUUAUUGCUCGUAUUUCACUCUCUGAAGUUUAGCAGAGUAUUUAUAGAUACAAGGAAACCACGUUUUUUUGGCCUGUUAUAUACUGCUUUAAGUGUCUUGUUGGGGAAAAAAUGGAGAAAAAGCAAGGUUUUUUCUCGGUGCUAAAGGACGAGGUGGUGAGGGGGUUAUCGCCGGGGAGGUCACGGGCUAAGAGUUCAAGUCGGAGUGGGUCUCCGAUAACGAGUCUUCUCCGGAGAAAAAAGAGUGGUGGUAACGGUAAUUAUGUCGAAACGAUGAUAGCGAGAUCGGGGAGCCUGAGGUUAGUCGGGGAGACGCUAACGCCGUUGAUGGAGGGUCCGGAUCCAGACGGCGGAGAAAUCGGGGAUUCGAAGCGGCUCGGGUCGGGGCUCGGGCAGUGGGUUCGCGGGCAGUUAACCCGGACCCCCUCCCUUCCAGGAGGGGCGGCGGGUUCCAAUGGGAAUGGGUACAACAAGAGGUCUGAUCUGAGGCUAUUGCUUGGGGUCAUGGGUGCCCCUCUCGCCCCUGUGCACGUUAGCACUACUGACCCAUUGCCUCAUCUGAGCAUCAAAGACACUCCCAUUGAAAAUUCUUCUGCCCAGUACAUAUUGCAACAGUAUACAGCUGCAUCAGGAGGGCAAAAGAUCCAGAAUUCGAUUAAGAAUGCAUAUGCCAUGGGAAAAUUGAAGAUGGUAGCUUCGGAGUUUGAAACUGCAACAAAGGUAGUGAAGAACAGGAAUGUGGCUAGAGCUGCAGAGCCCGGUGGGUUUGUUCUCUGGCAGAUGAAUCCUGACAUGUGGUACGUGGAGCUUGCAGUUGGGGGUAGUAAAGUUCAUGCUGGUUGUAAUGGCAAACUCGUCUGGAGGCACACUCCCUGGCUUGGUGCUCACACUGCAAAGGGGCCUGUUAGGCCUUUGCGCCGUGCUCUUCAGGGUCUUGAUCCAAGAACCACUGCCAACAUGUUUGCCAGUGCCAUAUGCAUUGGAGAGAAGAAGAUCAAUGGUGACGACUGCUUCAUUCUGAAGCUUUCUGCCGACCCACAAACAUUGGGAGCCAGGAGUGAGGGACCAGCAGAAAUCAUAAGGCAUGUCUUGUUUGGCUACUUCAGUCAGAAGACGGGGCUUCUUGUUCACAUGGAGGAUUCACAUCUCACCCGCAUCCAAUCUAAUGGAGGCGAUGCAGUAUACUGGGAGACGACCAUCAAUUCUUACUUAGAUGAUUACAGGCCCGUGGAAGGAAUCAUGAUUGCCCACUCUGGUCGUUCCAUUGCUACGCUUUUCCGGUUUGGAGAGACAGCAAUGAGCCAUACAAAAACAAGGAUGGAAGAAGCUUGGACAAUUGAAGAGGUUGCAUUCAACAUUCCCGGCCUAUCAAUGGACUGUUUUAUUCCACCAGCCGACUUGAGAUCGGGGUCCAUCAGUGAAGCAUGUGAACUCCCUCAGGACGAAAGGGGAAAGUCUGCAAUUGCCCUUGCAGCAUCCCGAGCUAAGGUUGCAGCUUUGGAAGGAACUCACAAUAAGAGCAUUGAUGGUGUCGUCUGGAAGGUGGAAGUCUAACCAUGUAGGACCAACUUAUGGCAAUUGUUCAUUCGCGGUAGGCAGUCUCUUAUCGACUAACAGAACAGAAAUUACAAAUUAGGAACUCAGAUGAUUAGGGAAUCUUAAUUUUACUAUAGUAGAGCAUAAUCAUUCAAAGAUUCGUGCUGAGUCUCAAUGAUUAUACUGUUAUUACAGAGUCCAACAAAAUGUUGGAGCUCGAUUUUCCUAGCAACUGAUCAAGUUGUUAGUUGAACUCUCGGGGGUGGAGGAAGGUGAUGAAGCUUUAGUAUUAGUAUUAGCCAAACCAUUAACCUGUUUUUUCUAGCUAUUCUACUAACACCUUUCCUGCCUAAAUGUAGACGAACACGGCAGUUAGAAGGGGAAACGCUACAUCAUGGGUCUGAUGGUAGUGUUUCAGUUCUUCAGAUUUAAUUUGUGUGCCAUUUUUUUGUAUUUCUCAUGGUUGUUUGAUUGUGUUGAGCUUUCCCAUGGGAUUUCUGGAGCUUAGGGGUAUAGGCAAAUGUAGAAGAGAAAAUCUUUGUUAAGUUAGUUUUUGCAACCAAAUUCAUGUCUGAAUGUCUUAUGGUUUGUAUUGGUUUCUUUUCAGCAAUGUCAAGAGAAUAUAUAAACAUGUCUGUCCAAUCAGAUAUUGAAUUGUUUAUGAAUAUUUUAAUACAGAGAUGAGGAUCUUUUCUUCAUCUCUUCCUUUAGGUUA